AUGUCCUUAAAACACUUCCUCAAAUACAUCGAAGCCUUCAACGCAAAGGACUAUGAACUCCAGCAUAGUUUCUAUCACCCAGAUGUUACCCUCGCCAUCCCCGAUCCCGAGAUUGGCACACUAGUUGGAUCAUCUGGAAUCAUGAACCACUAUGCCAAGGUGCACGCAAAUGCCCAAGAAACAGUCGUCCCAAUGUUCGUCAUGAUCGACGGUCCACGAAUCUUUCUAAGCAUGGAAGCCUAUUUCCUCUACAUCCGAACUACUGAUGAGGCGGUCCAUAGCCACAAGGUGAAGCCCGGGGACGUAAUUCGAGUCAAAGUGUGGGCUGUUUAUGAUAUGGUUGAAGAUAAGAUGGCGCGGAUUACUUGCAACGCGCUGAGUGAUGAGCUUCUGGGUCAGGUCAAUGUGAACGAUAUGAUUCAGGAAAGCUGGAGUCGCGCGGAUGAGAAAGUGAAAGCAUAUUGGAAGCCUGCAUCUGUCCUAUAG